GCCUCGAAGGCUUGCCAGGCAAACCCUACACCUCAGCCCAUCGCAACUUCGCUCAUCUGCAGGAUUCGGAGCCGUAAUUGGUCCAUCCUCUUCGCCUCAGGAAGGCCACAGCUACGAGCCCCUUGAGGACACUUCGUCGCUGACACGCGAGCUGCGCUCGUAUCUCUCUCAACAGGUCGUCUAAAUUACAAAGAUCUGGAAUCAAGUCCUUCCACACCCGCCAGUACUCACCUUGUCGCUUCGUCAUCACCCGCACUCACCACCUGUCGGGAACGCUUUCAGGAACCUUUGUCAAGAAUUUUCACAGCCCCUCCACUCUUCCAACAUGCGCCUACUCGCCUACUUCAUGGCCUCGCUUUGCAUCCUAGUUGAUGCGGCUGUUGGGGCUCCCUUCCCUCAGCCUCAAACGAGGGCUCAUGCGCACGCCCAAGCGUUCGCGCAAGCACAAGCAAGCUCAGCAUCGGGCCCAGCAUCAGGACCUCAGGCAGACGCUCAAUCAGUCGCGCAGAUGCAGUCGCAGAUGCAAUCGCUACUUUUCCAGGAUCCAGAGCCUCAAGUAUGGUCCUAUGCAAAGAUGUCAGAGAUGAAUGAUCCGGUCAACGCGCACAAAGCUUGGGCCAUGGCGUGCAUGAAGAGACACAAGAAGCUGGCCUCCAAGCUCAUUGCACCCUACACCAUCUACGCGGUAGAAGCUGGUUCAAAGAUGGUAGGCGUUUCCUGCGUCGCUUUCGUCAAGGGGCCUAAUGGAAAAGAGACGCAACCUCUAGAUCUCACUGGUGCGGUGGGCACCGCGCUGAAGUGGGACCACAUCGUACCUGGCUCCAGGAAGACACCUUGUCAAGAGGGCGAGGUCCCAGGCCAAGGCAAGGCCAAGUGCAGUACCAGGUCCCCAAGCAAUCCUAGUGGCAAGAAGCUGACGCCGCAGCAAAUGCAGCAGCAGCAGCAGGAAGCGCAACAAGCGCACCAAUUGCAGCAAACAGGUGCUCAACGGCAAAUGUCACCCGAGAUGGUUGCUGCCCUGAUGGCUGCUCAACAGGGUCAAGCCGCAGGCUUAGGAGCGGCUGAGAUGAGUGCAGGUGGUAGUCCAGCGUCAAGCUUCGGCUUGCUGCCCACCUCUGGCAGUAAUCCAGUCUAUAGCUCUCCGCUGGGCUCGCCUACCUACGGCGGUCUAAGUGCGAGCUCAGGCAUGUCUACCAACGCUAUUGGAGGCCUAGGAGGAUCAAGAUUGCCUGCAUACGCGACCAGCAGAGCUGGCUCAGUGUCAACAUCUCAUGCUAGCGCUGAUGGCGCAUCAGACAGCGAUCCCCGCACCCAAGCUCUCACGAACGCUAUAUCCAACAGCAGAGCCUCGAGCGCGACGCGUAAUGCCCAUGACUAUACUUCAUGAGCCACCAAGAUCCGUCUAGCGUGCUGGGAGGUGCUCCUCGUUACUCCUCUGAUCCCCUUGAAUCUCAUGCUUCUUUACCGAUCAGAAGACGUUGACGUCUGAUCUGCCGCCUUGCACCUCUCCCGCCUUGACGCCUAGCCUAGGGCCUGAGGGCGAUGUGUCCGAAAGAAAGGGGCUGCCCUCGCUCGCCGUCAUCUCAAGUGCGAUUGGAGUUCUCCGGAUACAAGAGCGUAAGGAGGA